GUGCAUCCACUCUAUUCGUAUAGAAGACUACAGUAAACUACGAAGUAUUCGACUUGGAAUCUAAUAAAGUCGAUGCACCGCGAGUUCAUAUCAUACUGCUAUUGACUCUCUUAGUGGUUGGUCUAUGAUUAAAAUAACUGCAGCUCCCUUCUUCAAAAUAAUCUCCAUUUAAAACGUAACCCGCGAGUUUUGCGGCAUCCGGCUGACGGCUGCAGAAAACACUUUGUUCGCCAAUUUGAAAUGAUAUAGUUGAGUUAUGAACGACGAAAAAAUGAAUUCCCAUAACAUUGAAGCAGAAUAUAUGGACAUUGCGAAUAGAAACGCUUGGCCGAUCAUCUAUCAGAAAAUUGGGCGAGAAUGUCAAUCCUAUCCAUAUACAUGCCUUGAAGCCAAGAAACCUCAAAACAAGCCAUUAAAUCGUUACCGUGAUGUAAAUCCAUAUGACCACAGCCGAGUUGUCUUGAGCCGUUCUGAACAUGACUAUAUCAAUGCAAAUUUAGUAAAGAUGGAACGUGCAAACCGUAAAUAUAUACUGACUCAAGGGCCGCUCGCUUUUACCGUUGGUCACUUUUGGCUGAUGGUUUGGGAACAAAAUAGCCGCGCAAUCCUCAUGCUGAAUAAGAUAAUCGAGAAGAACGAGAUCAAAUGCCACUGGUACUGGCCCCACGGUGUAGGAGCAGACGAGAAGUUUGUGCUCUCGGAUGUUAAACUAACCGUCGAACAAAUAAGCGAGGAGGAUUGCAACUAUUACACUACCCGUGUUUUUAGAAUCUUCGAUAUGGAGAGCUCAGAAAGUCGUGAAGUCAUACAGUUCCACUACACAACUUGGCCAGACUUUGGUGUCCCAUCUUCUCCGGUCGCCUUCCUGGAGUUCUUAAAGAAGGUCCGCUCGUCCGGCGCGCUGGACCCCGAAGUUGGUCCACCGGUUGUGCACUGCAGCGCUGGUAUCGGACGAUCAGGAACGUUCUGCUUGGUUGACUCCUGUCUCGUUAUUAUUGAAAAGGAAGGUAUGGAAAGUGUUAACAUACAGCAGAUACUUUUAGAAAUGCGCAAAGAUCGCAUGGGCUUGAUACAGACGCCGGAUCAGCUGCGUUUUUCAUAUCAGGCCAUUAUUGAGGGCUUCAAACGAUUCAAUCCUAACUUCAAAGAGGAUCCAAAAAUGGAGGAGAGUAUAUAUUCAACAGUCGCCGAGGAGAACGAGGAGGAAGCGCCUCCACCACCGCCACCGCGGGCCGAGAGCCUCACGAGGGCUCCUGCCAGGCCCUUGCCUGCUAUACCCACCAGUGCGUCACUUGGCAACUUGAACUAUACACGUUCGCCAGAGGGCUCUAGCUCGGACGAGGAUCCUCCGACGCCUCCAGCGCGCGAGAGCUCCACCCCGGCCUCUUCUGCCGACGACGAGGACGACGAGCCGAUAUCCGUUACUGAAAGCGGCGAGACCGGCGAGACGCUGCGACGGCGCCGCACCCGCGAGCUCGCCGAGCGCGUCUCCGUAAUGAAGAAACGUGCGCGCGACGCCGAGAGAUGGCACGCGCUCAAGAGGUCUCUAUACAAGCCACUCACCAUCACAUUCGGAUUCAUUCUAGCCGGCAUUGUUAUCUACACAUACGUCAAACAUUAAUCCUAACACUGUUUACUCAUAUACCUGAAUUUUUGUACACGCAAUGUAUACGUAGCUUUAGACGAUGACGACGCCCGAACGAUGCCGAAGCGCCGCGGCCGUCAGACAACGCGGUCUGUGAAUACUUAGUUUGUUAUCAUUAUAAAAUGCAAUCAAUAUAUCUCCGAUCGUAAUCGCUCGGUGUGUAUUUCAGUAAUACUUUAUAUAUAGAAAAUCUGCAAUUGAAUUAUUCAUCGAAGUUUUUUUGUUGUUAUCAAUACUCGUACUUUAUUAUAAUCUGUUUUUGUUAAUAUAUCUUUCUAAGUAUACAAUACGUAUAUUGUAUUAUGAAUUGUUCAAUCUUGACUAAUACUAAUUACACUAGCACGGCACCUGUUAAUGCUAGAGAGCUACUUGACGUAUUUUUUUUUUUUUAUAAAAUCAUGAUAGUACAUAAAAUGAUAAUCCUAAUCUAAUCUUAGACAUUUUAUAAGACUUUAUAACAAAAAAUUAAUAGUUUAAACACAUUUAUGAACUUUCGUAAUGUUAUUACAAACUUCAGAUUUAAUUGGACUACAAAACGACUUGCACUGAACUGGCCCACCUUUUAAGAUGUCAAUUACUGAUCUUAUGCCAUAGGCUUAGAGAUAUAUAGUUCACGACGACAUGCAACGCAAACGUUCCUGUUGCAUUUAAAAAUUACCUUACGAAGGAAUUUUAUAUGAUCUUUAUCAAUUAGAAAUUUCGAUCUGGUAAUAAAAAAAGACAUUCGUAUAAUCGUUCUCAUAUUAAUGUACAUUUAGUUUUCUAUAAUUAAUUUCUUUAUGCAUAAUUCUGUGACGACACGAACUAUGCGACUGCCAAUACAUUCAAUGAUUACAACACAUUCUUAACAUGUAUUGCUAAGUGACUAUUAUAGCGUUAAAUAAUUUUAUAAAAUCCAUUUUGGACAAUUUUGUCCAUUGUUUAAUAGACAAAUAAAUUUUAUUUUUUAUGAUUUUAUUUAAAGUUUUUUAUUUCGUCCAUUCGACAAGUUCACGUUGCGAUUCAUAUAACCUGCACGAUCGAAUGUUUGAUGUAAAAUCAAAGCUUGUUAGACGUUUUAUAUCUUUUUGUAUGGUAUUCAAGUAAAAUGAUGAGCUUAUCUCAUUUAUCCAACCAGUGCCUAGAUUUUUUUUAGUGUAAUAUGCAUAUUGGAAUUCACAAUUCGAAGAAUAUAAUAACCAAUUUAUAGAUAAUUUUUAUGUACUAUAAUCAACAUUCGAUAUAUCGAUUUGAAAAAGUUCGACAAUGUCGAUAUAUUUUUAUAGAAUACAUCGUCCUAAAAGCCUUUUACAGCCGUAUGAUAUUUUUUCAUUUAAAAGAACUGUCUUAAAUGGACUUAUUUUGAAUAUAUUUUUUUUCUUUAUUAUUUAAAUACUAAUUAAUUUGAAAGAACUGCUACAAAAUGAGCCAUAUAUAUUAUGUUUAAUUUAUGAUUGUAUUUAGUACAAACAAUUUAACUUUGCCGGUCUGAAGUUGAAGUAAGUGACGUCAUUGUAGCGCGAUAGAGUGAAGCAAUCUAACGAUAAACAGUUCGAUGUAGACUUUGCUCUCGUUCAAUUUCCAUCAUACGUCUCCUUGUUAAAUAUUUUGUUUGUUGUUAUGUUUAUAGCCGUUUGUUAUUUUUUUGUUAUUUGUUGAUGUUGUCACUGCAUUUAAUUUAGUCAUGCACAAAUAAAAAAAACAUUUUUAAAUGUACUAUCUACAUACAAUUAUUCAUAUCAAAUGCAACUUUAAAUUUAAUAGAACUUAUCUAGUUUUAAUUUACAGACCGACGAAACGAAGUUAAAGUGUUUGUACUGUCGCAUUUUGUUUUGUAUAAUAAGUGUUUAAAUGUUGACAAAAUAACAAUUCUUCGGCACCGGAUUAAUAACGUGAUAAUCAUUCUAAAUGUUUCAUUAAUUAUGAAUUAUCUGUUAUAAAUAUAUUUAAUGAACUGUAACCUGUAAUCAAGUAGUAAUUAGAAGAAAAAAAAGCGUAAAAUCAUUAUAACUGUAUUAUCCGUAGAUUAACGUUAGCAUGUAUAUGAUCUGCCACAAACUAAGUGAUAUAAACAAGUUGUCGUAUUUACAAAAUGUAGAAUUAGAUAUGUAUAAUUUAAAUUGGUGGGGUUGUUAAAUUUGAACAGCGGUUUAUUAAUUUCAGGUUAAAAUCGGAGGAAAACUCUAAAACUGAACCAUGCGAAGACUGAAGAGAUUAGGUAACAAACAUUUUUAGAGAAAUUUUAUGCGAAACAUUGAGAUAUAAAAUAUGAACAUAUCUUUAUAAUUUCAACUUUUAGCUUGUUUUAAAGUUAUUUCAGUUCCGUAUAAGCGAUUGAAGCGAGAUUAUAUGAUUUCUAGAUUACGAUAUUAGAAAUGAGAUUUGUGAAACGUUAAUGUGGAAUCAUAUCUCUGUUGUUCACGUGUUCUAUAGAAUAAAUUAACAACAUCCGUCCUUAACACACGAAAGGAACAAUAACAGUUCAACUUAUGCGAUUGAAUUAAGUGAACCCGAAACAUUACGUUUCAAUUGAUUUCAUUUAACAUCACUUGGACUGCAAUAAUGACACCGAUACAAUAGACAUAUACAAUACUGUUAAGUGUUAAAAAACAUACAAUAUAGUAUCAUAUUUUACGAAUUCGAUAAACUAAUGACAUUUUUGAUAUGAUUUGUUUUUAGCGUUACUAACAAAAUUAUAAUUUUGUUUAAAAUGAUUUGCUUAUGUUUAUGGAAUAUAUCGUAAUUAUUAGCGACACAUAGGCGUGCCUACACAACUAUUAGACUAGAAAAAGGCUACUUACUAGCUUAAGUAAAAAUCGUAACGAUUUUUAGAUUGUGUUGAUAAGCUCCUAUUAAUAAGUAGGUUAAUUUAGUGUUUAGAGAGCGGUCUAAGCUUGGGCUCGGACACGGAUGAAAGUAUAAUGUCAGAACAUUAUAGUCAAUAGAAUCAUCUACGUGACGUACGGAUUUAUCGCCGUAGUGCAUCGUAACGGCACUAAAAUAUAUAAUUAUCAGAUAAGAAUUACAGUUACGACACGCGGACACCAUAUAAACGUAUAGAAAUAUUUUAAUAGAGUAAUUUUGUUACAUUUCACGGCAGGUGAAUGUUGAUUUCCUUGACUAAACGGAUACGUUCAAUUUGAUUGAAUUUUGUUGCAAUGUGAUUAUUUAAAAUUAUAAUGACAUCGAAAAGGAAUG